UUUUGACAGUCUACUUCUACAACAUAUAUAUUUUUAUAUUUAUUUUGCUUCGUCUAUAUUUUGUGCUCUGGAAUUAUUAAUUUAUUUAAUUAUGGUAAUAAAUUGUUAAAGGGUAUUGAGGUAAUGGCGAGCGACAUCGACAAAGGGAACUUUGGCGACAGCGCCCGUAACACUACGGUGUACGAAUUGAAAUCUAGAAAUUCCAAUCAUAUUUUUGAUGGCGCUGGCGAAAAUAUACAAUACUAUAGUGAUUCGGAAUCCGUUGCGUCGAGAAAAAGUAAAACACGGUACAUAAAUCCGGCUAUUUACAUCGAACCAGUGGAGUCGACGCACUCUGUGACGUCUCUGCAGGCGGACUCGUGUAUCUCGGACGUGACUCCGCACCCGCACAGUAGCUAUAGGAGUAAUUCAACCCCGCUGUUAAGUGGCCGAGACUCGAGUAUCUCAUCAGGUAGUGUGAAGAGAAAGUCAUGUCGACUGACAGGUCCAGGGAACUUACAAGGUGCAGAGGAAGAAACACCGCGAACACCGUUUGGCCGCACGUACCGUGAUGAUGGACCCGAUACGUUCAGGCUGUCGGUGGCAUCCGUGUCCACCACUACUACAGCUAAGGAUGAAAGGGAACGAAAUGAAAAGAAAAAGCAAGAAGCCUUCAAGCAAUGGGUUGCACGAAAAGACCAAGAGAAGCGUGACAAAGCUCGCUUGGAGAAGAUGAAGCGUCAAGUGGUCCCUACAACGUCACAAGAACAACGGGAAGAGUCGUACAGGAGAUGGCUCGAGCGAAAACGAACGCAAACGGAGCGACAGAGAGCUGAGGACAUCAUGCGACAGUACCGACACAACGAACAGCUUGAGAGAGAACGUAACAAGCGUGAGCGAGACAAGGAGGAGAAGCUAGCAGAGUGGAUACGGAGGAAGGAGGAGGAAAUGAAAGCGAUGAAAACUCGUGAGGAGCGCCGGGCUGCGCGCGCGGCGAUCGAGGAGGAGCGCCGGCGAGCCAACGGGGAUCGCGCAUACAGGGACUGGCUUCGUACUAGCAAGAAUAAGCCCCUACCCGUGCCGCUCAACCAGGGAGAACUCAGUAUGCGUGGUUCCGUCUCACAAAUGUAUAUAAAUCCCAUACCUUGGCAGUUCCCGACAUGAACGUCUAAGAAGAUAUCGUUGUAAUUAAUUGUAGGUAUUUUUAAAAUUAACUGAUUAAUGAUCGUUAUUGCUUUUGUGCGCACGUCAAAAUCACAAUUUUGUGUAAUAUAUAGAACUGUUGUAAUGGUUUGUUCUUAUUAUUUAAUAAUCGAUGUACUUCGUUUUAGAAUAAAUUUUCAAUUUUUAGAUUAACAUUUUGUUGUAGUCGCAUUAUUUGCUUUAUCAGGAUGAUGGUGGUAAUAAAUAUAACAGACAAGCUGAAUGCUCGUUUAAAUAAAACAAGAUUCUUUAUUCGA